AUGCUAUCAGAGCUGAUCAUCUCAGGCACUCUACUCAUUAACGCCUUUGCUGUUCUCAAUUUUAAGCUAGGAAAAAAGCCCGCUGACGCAAAUCAUUUCAUCGUUGAGAGCGAGGAGAAAUCGAUCGGUGACAGAAUUCGUGAAUUCUUGCUUGCCCUACAAUACUUUCGGGUGUUUAUUGCUUUUUGGAACGUGUUCAUUAUCUUUUUGAUGAUUGUUUUCUUCUCACAC